AUGACAACAUCAAACAAAAAUAUCAAGGUGACAAUUACACCAAGUUCAGAUACAGAUGUUGUUAUAUCAGCUCGAUCUUAUCAAACGGAAUUAAUGGAACAAGCAAAAUUAGAAAAUUUAAUUGUAUGUCUUCCAACUGGAAGUGGAAAAACUUAUAUUGCUGUAAUGCUUAUUAAAGAAAUGUCAUAUUCUAUUCGUGAAAGUGUUAAAAAAGGUGGAAAACGAACUGUAUUUCUUGUUAAAACUGUUCAACUUGUUGAUCAACAAAGUGAUUAUAUUCGUACUCAUACAAAUUUUAGAGUUGGAAAAUAUUGUGGUGAAUUAGGAGUUGAUUUAUGGGAUAAAGAAAAAUGGGAAGAUGAAUUUGAAAAAAAUCAAGUAUUAGUAUUUACUGCUCAAGUUUUUCUUAAUUUAAUUGAUCAUAAUUAUUUUUCAUUAAAACAUAUUAAUUUAAUUAUAUUUGAUGAAUGUCAUCAUGCAUCCGGUGAUAAUCAAUAUGCUGCAUUAAUGAAUAAACAUUAUGAUAAUUGUCCUGAUCCACCACGUGUACUUGGUUUAACAGCAUCAAUUAGUAGUAAAAAAAUUAAACCUAAAGAUUUAUUAGAUAAUGCAAAAGAAUUGGAAAAAACUUAUCGAGCUCGAAUUGAAAGUGGUUCAAGUCGAAGUGAAAGUAUUCAACAUGGUACAUCAGCUCACGUUGAAUCAAUCCUAUAUUCAAAUUAUCGUGAUGAAAUAUUAUCUAAAAAUGAAAGUUUAACAAUUCCAUUUGAAAUUCUAAAUUUUAUGCGUAAUACAAUUGAAAGUUAUAUAUCAAAAAGAAAAGAUGAAUAUAAGAAUAUUGAACGAAAUCUUAGUCAUACAAUGUUAACAACUGAUUAUCGUGGUAAUAAUAUUGAUAUUUAUAAUCAACAAUCAUUUGAUUAUACAACAUUUACUCAAUCUCAAUCGGUAGCAAUCAUACAUAUAAAACGUUUUAUUGAAAAUUUAAUUGAAAUUGGUUAUGAACUUGGUCUAUAUGGUUUAUUAAUAUUUGCAAUAGAAAUACGAAAAAAAUUCAAAUCAAAUCCUAUUUGUUUAUCAAUUACUGAUUCAUCAACUCGUGAAAUGUUUGAUGAUAUAUUGCAACGUCUUGAAUGUCUUAUUGAUGAUAUAUUAAAAAAUUUAUGUCGAUUAAAUGAACAUAAUUAUGAAAUAUUAUUUAGUUCCAAAGUUCGUCUACUGCUUGAACGAAUAAUUAAACAACAAAAUAAAAAAACUAUAUCUGGUCAAUGUAUUGUAUUUGUUGAACGUGUAUAUACAGGGUGGUAA